AUGGACAAUUCUGGUUCCGGACGUCGGCGGUUAGGUACAGUUGCAGGUGGAGGCUCGUGGCUUCUGAGCUUGAUGGGCCGGACUCAAGCCACACCUUCCCCCCCGACACCCCAGCUGUCCAGUGCGGAUGCAACCAGAAAGGCGCAGGCGCGAGCCAACUGGACGCCUGAGCAAGUGGCGGCGGAUCGAGCAGCAGCUGCAGCGCGAUGGGCAGAUGCGCGAGCCAACCGGACACCUGAGCAGGUGGCGGCAGACCAAGCAGCAGCUACUGCUCGGUGGGCGCGGUGGUCGGAAGCACGAGCCAACCGAACGCCUGAGCAAGUGGCCACGCAUCGAGCAGCACAUGCAGCUCGGGUAGCGGAGGUGCGAGCCAACCGAACGCCUGAGCAAGUGGCGGCAGACCAAACAGCGGACGCAGCUCGAAAGCAUCAAGCCCGUGCAAUUCGGCAACAGUCAUCUGAGGAGCACACACCACAACGCACCCGCCACAGCAGGGGUAGCCUUGUGGAGGCAGUUUUAAAUGCUGCCUUCUGGGUGUUCAGGCGGCCGACAAACCCCACCAAGCCUCGUAUGGGUGCCUGGUUAGACAGCAGUACAGCUUCAUGGCCGGAACAUGUGCAAGAUGUUCCUGCGGGUCAGCCUCUGCCCACUGUUCCUCUAGCGGAACAGAUCCGAGUCGCCGAACAGCUUGAUGCCGCUGUCAAAAACAACAUGCCAUCCUGUGUCUGCGCCUGCUGCAGCGAGAUGAAGUCCGCGGUACAGGCACACGGCUACCGGUUUGGUGACAUCCCCAACGUGCACCAGUUGCGAGCAGAUGUUUGGAGGAUGCUGGCAGUGGCGCGUCCAGCUCAAGUCGUCGCAUGGCUACCAGUGGCGGCCGCACCAGGGGGCAGAACAACACCACCGCCCGAGCCAGCUUUGCCGUGGGGCUUCUGA